AUGAAAGUCGUCAUCAGAAUAAACAACCAGCAUAACUUUCACGUCACCGUUCCAGAUAACGCCACAGUGGAAGAUCUCAAGAUUGCCUCGCUGGUUGCUUUGCCCCCCAAAUCAGGCCUCAACAGUCACACCGCCAAGCUUUGGUAUUCGGGUAAGAAACUCGAGUUUUCCACUUUACUAAGCAGCUAUGGAAUCACCGCCGUCUCGGAUUCUACUGUUUAUCUUACAGAUGAUUCCCAAGUUGAGAGUAACUGUGCCAUCACGGAUAACGACGUUGCAGACCUCACUAUAGUACAGCAGCACAUCAAAAAGACCCGUUCCAAAUCUAAGAGCAAAAAUAGAUGCUCCUUUGGGACUUGCCAUGCUUCGGCCUUGAGGCUUACAGGAGAGUGUCAGUUUUGUAAGGGUAAGUUCUGCUCUAAGCAUAGGUUGUUGGAGAAGCACAACUGUAAGGGCUUAAAGAUAUGCAAGAAUAAGUGCUUUGAGAGGAAUGCCUUGAAGUUGCGUAAUGAGCAGACUGUUACAUCAAAGGUUUGA